UGGACUUCAGAUAAUUAAGUCACGCUACUGAAAUUUUCUUAUCUAAUACUGCUGAAAGUAAUAAUUUGUUCACACACUGCGAAAAAUUGAAAUCAUCCUGGUUCCUUAAAAUGAUUGACAUAUCAAUUGCAGAUUUUUUUCCGUGGUGUUCCUACAUUACGAGGAAAUUUAAUGCAGUUGCAUUUAUGAAUUCGACGCUAAAUAUGCGACGUGAAAAUAAAACUUGAUGUAGGAUUUGAUAAAAUUGUAUUGUUUACUCCGAUUUAGGUUUUCUUGUGAAAGUGAAUCUUCGUUUUAGAUCAAAAGCAAGAUAAAGUUAUGUAUUUUAUCGCUGAUUAUCUAAAAAAAAUAACUUGCGUAAUUUCUCUGUUAACAAAUAUUAAUAUUUGAAAACAUCGAUGCAGCGGAUAUUUCUCUGUUUAUUCUGUGUAACACAAAUGUUAAAAUGAAAUUAGCAGAAUUAUUUUUUCUUCUAUAUUUGUGCGUACCUGCAUUGAAUCAGCUUAGAGGGAAAGGGAAACCUGAACUUCUACGAGUCUGUUAUUAUACCUUAUUUAAUCCUGAACCAAGAAGUCUUAACACAUCUUUAUGCACACAUAUUAUUGCUGGAUUUGCUUCAGUGACUGAUGGUGUUCUGGAUUUGGGGAGUGAUGCAAAUAAAAAAGGGUAUCUUGAAACAACCAGUCUUAAAAAUGUGAAUCCACAUCUUAAAGUGUUAAUUACAGUUGGGGGAGGAGGAAAUGAUGAUGGAUUUUCAAAUGCUUUUAAUUCAUUUAAAAAUAGAACAAGGUUUAUUUCAUCAGUAUUUUCUGUUUUGAAAAAGUACAAUUUUGAUGGACUUGAUGUUGAUUGGGAAUUUCCAGUGUGGAAUGAUUUUAUCCUAAAGGAUAAAGAAAAUUUCAUUGACUUUCUUAAGGAGUUUAAAGCAGCCUCAGUUUUAAAAUCUUUUGUAACUAAGAAAACACCUCCAUUGUUAACUGUAGCAGUGGCAGCUCCAACUGUUAUUGUGGAAAAAGCAUAUGAUAUACCUCAAAUGGCAAAAUAUGUUGAUUUUAUCAAUCUGAUGUCUUAUGACUACCAUGACUACAUAUGGUAUACUCCUUUCACUGGCCAUAAUAGUCCACUUUUCAACAGAUCUGCAGAAAAAGCAUAUUUUGCUACCCUUAAUACUGUAAGUCUGAAUUAUAUUUCAUAUUUUUUUAAUAUUGACUUACACUAUU